AUGGUGCUCCUGUACUCCGGUGCUGUUAUUCAAUGGAAAUUUACUGGGAAAGGAUAUGAUCACACAGACGUUAUAAUUUUGAGAGGACAAAGAAAGAGAGUUCGAACACAUUUGGUACGACAGCGUCGACGCAAUCAUUCACCUACUGAUACACUUACCUCUGUUGCUUCUGAGCCGCCAAGAUCGAGACCAAACAGUGCAAGAGCAGUAUCCCGUGAUAGAGAUCCUCAACAACAGGUUUCAAGACAUUCAAGUCAGCAAGAGAGAGGACGGGCAAGAGGUGCACAGCGUCAACAAGCUGCGGGUGCUGCUACCAACUUCGAUACUUUACCUCCGAGUUACGAUGAUGUGCAGCGCGGAGCUGGGAAGCCUGUUUCUGAAAAUGAACAAAGCCGCAUUGUAAGAACUAAACAUGGGUCUUUCAUCGCCCCCGCUGGGCAACGGCGCGCUAAUAUUCCAAACACAACGAACACAAAUGAAAACGUUGGAAAUAGACCAGCUAAUCCCCUCCGAGACCAAAUUAUUCGUAAUGCGGAAGCAGGUGUUGGAUAUACUGAUUCCUCUGAUCCAGGACCUUCCAAUCCUCCUAGAAACUCCGAACGUGGUCGUAAUAACACUCCGAGGUCUAGCAGUGCUGGAAGGAAUCAAGAACGCUCUCGACAACAAAAUAAUCAAAGUCCUAAUCGUUCACGACAAAACUCUAGUCGAGGACGUGGCGGUGCACAGCGUAGUUCAUCGAGAGGUUCUCGCUCAUCCCCAGCUCAGUCAAGAUCACGACGAGGGAACGGAGCGAGAGGUGGUUCAUCUCGGGGUCGAAGUUCAAAUUCAGGUUCAUUAGAUGAUAGACAAUCUUUACUUACAUCAGAAACGACACCGAAUGCUGGUGCGGUUUCCUCGCGCGGCAGACGACCUCGUGCAAAUGAAGCCAUGGCUGCUCAUGCAAGAAGGGUUCAAGCUGCUCAAGAAAGACGAAGACAAAAUACGUGAUACGGUUCUUCAGAUUUAAUUUUAUCAAACAGAAUGCAAUUGUGAUCACACUAGAUACUACCAAUACGAAUAGAUUGUUGGCUAACUAGCUAAUCAAAAUGAUUUUGAGAAAAAAUUGUAGAUUUUUGCGAGUUCGAAAAGUUGAGCCGAAAACCUAAUUUCUAUGUAUCUGUUUACUUAUACUUGAUUUUUUGUCAUUUUUCAAACUGUACUCUGUUACACAUAGCGGACAUCUUCAGGAACAACGUUCUGAAAUUCUACAAUUCAGUUCUACACACUCUGACUGAUGUAUCAGUCAAAAUUCUAAACUUGAAUUCGAGACAUUUACUUUUUUAUUUAACCAAAAGUCAAAAAUAAAAAAAUUCUCCAGCAGUUUUUGCCAAUGAUUUUUUUUAAUGUUUGUUGAUUUAUUCAUUUGUUGAUGUCUGAUUUUGAAACGUUGACGUUGUUUAUUUACACAACUUCACUGAGAUUAAUACAGCUGAAAACUUGAUGCAUUUAUGUGAAUGAAAUAUUGCUCAUUUUGUGAGAAAAUACGAUAACUUAUAUAUGACACCUGUACAGGGUAGUAUAGAAUAGAAUAAGCGUAGUAUAGAAAAUUCAAUGAAACUUCAGCAAAACAAUUAUGUCAACAGCAAACGUUCAUUUGAUUGUGCAGUUGAUAGUUGCAAAAAGGAUUCAAUUUUUUCAUGUAACAUGUUUCAUCUACUUUAUAUAGGCCCCUACUGAUCAAUAUUUCGGAGAUGAAUUGCGCAGUUAAAUUUGCAAAAAUUCUUUGAUUAUUUUUGUAUUGUAUUGAUGUAUUAUUGUAUUGAUCACGUUACAAAGAGUGACUUGUGUCCAACUUUCAAUAUCAAGCAAUCUUUAUCAAUGUACAAAUCAGAUAAUACUUUUAUCCGGGACUGUUGAAUCUUGGGAAAUUUACAAUGUACUCAAACUCCGGGUUGAAACUCUGACUCGACUCGUCAUGAAAACCGACUCCAGUUUCGAAAUCACAGAAAAAGAAAACCGUUUAUGACUCUUGUUUAAUAUACUGAUAAAAACAGCUAGUAAACCUUCAGCUUCAUAUACCACCAAGUUGCACUUUUCCAUCAUUUAUCAAAUAUCGAGUCUAAUGAUGAGGCAUUUUUAUUAUAAUCUUAGUAUAAUGGUAUUCCAAAAGUUAGCCAUUAAAACUUUUCUUCAUUUCUUACUAUUUGACUUAUAAGCUUAAAGCUUUGACGCUUGAUGUAUUUUCUCGUCUUUAGCUGCCAUAUAUUUCCUGUGAUUGCAAUGGUGUACCCUUUAUUUUGUUUUUCAUUUUUUAAGAUUUUUUAUUUAAAUUUUGCUUGAAUGUUUGCCAAGAAUAUUGUCAUCCAUGUUUCUGUUUGAACCACCGGCAGCAAAAUCUAUUAUAUUUUAAUUCCCGUUUCCAAUUUUUUUUCAACCUCAUAGAAAGAAAACAUGAGAAAAUGAGUAUGUAUGUUCAAUCUAUUGUUAAAAAUUUAACAAUGAAAUCAUACAGAAACAAAAUUCGACAAAGAUGUAAAUUCAAACUGUUUUCAUACAAUAUAAUUACACAUUUUUGAAAAUUUCCUUUAUUACUACUUCUGACCAAAAAUGGCUGUGAUAUCACAGUCAUCAUGUUAACCCUCAUAAGUGUUGUCAACCAUCUUCUACAUUUCAUGGUAACAUUCCUGAUCAAUUCAAACGUGGUCCGUGGUUGUAAACUGCUUUUUUUUGUUAAUGCUUAAAACAUUGUUCAAUUUAAAAACAGUGUUCACUGAAUAACACAAAAACCUAGAACGAGGUCUUAAAAUGUCUCAACUCGGGCAUUUUGUAUCAGUCAUGCUUUCCACAUAUCUGGGAAUUUAUUUUUUUGAAGAUUUUAUGUGCCAUACAGAUAUCCUAGUUGGAAACUUGUGAGAACUGAUCAACUGCAGUUUUGCAAAUUGUAUGAAAUGUUCAAGAAUAAUAGACAGUUAAUGGUGCUGGGAUCAAUGUCGGACUUGUAUUACAGAUAAAAGUAUCACUUUGAUUUUUGAAUCGAUAUUUGAAAUUUUUGCUCGAAUGAUGCUUUUUUAGAUUAGUCAAAUAUUAAGUGCAUAUUGUACACACGACUUGUGAUUUUUCGGCAUCCCUAAAGGUAAUGUUCUUGUACGAACUUUUGUGUUUAUCAUGCUAUCUUCUUGUAACAAAACUGUGAAUUUUACACUUUUUGAAAACUACGUUUUAGAAUGAUCCUCUAAAAUGCUUCUUAUUAGACAAAUACAAAGAUUACAUUGUAUUGUG